AUGUACACCGUUGUAGUCGCUCGCUACUCUUCCUUUGCCGCUGCUGCUUCGAGCCGCCUUAUCCUGCCCUACCUGUUCCCAGACCCGUCCUCCUUUGCCACAGUUGAGGACCUCAUCUCCCAUCUUCGCGCUAGUGACGUUCGCUACCGUACCGCUCUUUCUGCAGAGUUCUUAGCUGCAAACCCACCCCCGAUGUACAUCACGAUCUACUUCCUAGUCACCCGCCUCCCUAACUCUCCUCGUACCGUCAGGGACCACUUUCUCGCUCUUAACCCUACCGCCCUCACUGUCGAUGACUUCAAGAAGCACCUGCUUGCAGCAGAGAAGAGCAUUGUCGCUGUAGGUGCUGCUCGUGGCACUCCUCGCACUCCCCUCUUUGAGGGGUGUCCCCCCUCCCCCCAUGCCCCCUCCUACGCUUCUGCUGCUAAUGUUGACCUCCUUGGUGCUAAGGAAGUCGGCGCUGCUUCUGCUCCUAGUGGGAGGCGCCGCAACGGCAAGGGCAAGGGAGGCAGGGGUGAGUCCGCUGCUCUAGGUACUAGUGAGUCUGUGCUAGGUGCUGUUGAGACUGCUCUCUCUAGUAAUGCGCCUAGUGAAGCCUUGCACACCUUCACGCUUGACUCACAUGCUUCCCGAUGCCUCUUUCUAGACAGCACCACUCUCACACCCCUCGCAGCACCGGUUGCCUUCUCUUUGGCUGACCCCUCUUGCGGACUGGUUCUUGCACAUUCCUCCACUGUUGUCCCGUGUCCGGCAGUUCCGUCUAGCUCACUGUCAGGUCUCCACCUCCCCUCUUUCUCUACAAACUUAGUGAGCAACGCCGUCCUUCAGGAUGCAUGGGUUAAUAUCUUUACUCCUGGAGGAUAG